GUCAUUUCUUCAUUCAAAUCCCCACUUGAGGGAGUCUUCUUGACUCAUGUGGUCCUCUCUAUACUCUAUAAACCACCCACCCUUCCCAAUAUUUAUGGAAUUUUUCUUGGCUCUAUCUCAUUCUAACCACAGCACCUGAAAACACUAGUACUUGAAAGCUCUCUACCUUAAAAAAAACUUAUUUCUUUCACUUGUUUUCUCUCCCUUUUUUAUUCAAUGAUCCUAAGUCCUAACUAACUAAAUUCACCAUGAAACCUUCCUAUCUUCCCAAGUUUCUUGUUCCCUCUUCUAUAAAAACCAAACAUCCUAAUUUCAUACCCAGACUCAAACUCCAAACGUUUUAAAAUAAUCGACCUAAUCUGCGACUCAACCUAAACCUCAGCUCUUCAGCUCAUAUUCAACAUAUGCAACAACAAUUUCCUAAACCCUCUCUCUUUCUCUUUUAUCAUUCUUAAAACAAGUCCCUCCACUAAAAAACUCAAUUUGUUGCCAUAUUACCCUUACUCCUAUUUCUAGUAUCAAUUGAGUUUUUCUCUCAAGAGUAUCAUAACAAGUCUUGAAACUUAGAAAAAAUGGAUCUUUUUCGAAACCCAUCUUCUCUAAAAUCAAACAGAAUGGAUCAAUCUUUAGGGGUUGCAAAACUUGUGCUCAUGUCUAUAGGAAUCAUCUCAACUCUUAUUUUGUUCAAAGUUGCAAUAAUUCCAUACACAUUUGAUCUUGUUCUUUCAACUCUUCCUCAACUUUGGUUCUCAAUAAGAACAUGGUUUACAAUCCCUUUCCUUUACAUCAUUGUUAACUUCAUCAUCAUUACCAUUGUAUUUUCUUCAAACUUCUCCCACAAAAGCAAUAGCAGCAUAACUUUUUCUGAUCUCAAGCAAACAACCACCAUUUUAGAAACUACCACCAAUCCAAUUGAGCAAGAAAACCAAACCAAUGAACCACAUCAAGAAGAAAAAGUGGUUGAAGAAAUUGAAGAACAAGAACAAGAUGAGAAAAGAGUUGUUGAUGUCAAAGACUCUGAAUUGUUCUGUGACGAAUUCAUCACUCACCCAUCACAGAAAAAAUGCAGCAAGGAGGACUAUUCCUUGACAGAUUCUGAUGAUAAAGUUAAAGACUUUGAAUUGUUCUUCAACAAAUUCAUCACUGAUCCAAUACAGGAAAAACGCUGCAACGAUUAUAACUCCCCGGAUUCCGGCGAUAAAGGUGAUGAUGACAGUUUGGAAGCAACAUGGAAAGCUAUAAUGGAAGGACAAGAGAAAACAAAGAAGCCAUAUCUAAAGAAAAGUGACACUUGGACUGCAAGGAUUGUGAAAGCCGAACCAUUUCGUAACAAUGGUGGUUGUGGUUUUGGUAGUGGUGAUGAUGAUCCUGUUGCUUGGGCUGAAAGGGAGUUGAAAAAGUCUGAAACUUUCAAUGAUAGAGCUUCAUUGAAAAGAGAAAAAUCAAUGAGUCCUGAGGAAUUGAAUAAAAGAGCUGAAGCUUUUAUCAAGAAGUUUAAUAAUCAGAUGAAGUUGCAGAGGCUUGAAUCUUAUCAGCGUUUUCUGAAAUUGGUUAACCCUGGUGCUUGAUGAUGAUCUGGUUGAUGUUAAUCUCUCUUUUUCACACCAGUCACAGUCACAAUUUAGUAGAAAAAAAUUGAUUCACUGCAAGGAUUUUAACCACUUGGAGGAUUUGUUGUGUACAUAUUUUUGUAACUGAGACUGUGUGAAGAAGCAAGGACAAGUUUCAAGAGACACGGUGGACUUUUGUUCCCAUGACAUGUGAACAUAAGUUAGUUUCUGCCCAAUAAGCUAUGCUCUUUCUUUUGUCUAGUUAUUAUAUGUUCUAGUAGCUAUGAAAAUAUCUACUACUUCUUAUGAGUUAGUAUUACAUAAUGUUUGUAUUGAUCAUGUAGUUAUCUAAGAGACAGCACUAUAUAUAUGAGGAUAAUUUGAAGUUGAAUGUGCAAUUUCUGCAAA